ACUUAUUUCACAAUAUAAUAGAAUUCUACCCUUUAAUAAAUUGUCUCCUUCAUCUAUUUUACUGCCCUUCGUAAUCUACUUAGUAAAAAAGGAACAAUUUUUGAUAAAACAAAAAUUUCGUAGACAGUCUGCCAAAUAGAGCCUUCAGUAAUUUCUCCGAAAUUGUACUUUAACAGUACAAAAUAAAAGAACCUUUUUGAUGAAAUUAAUCGAAAGUAGCAAGCAAAACGGCAAGAAUGUACAAAGCUGAUUAUUCAAUAAAACUAUUAACAAUUGCUGGUGUUCAUAGACCAAUAGAAUGGUCUUUGAUUAUUACGAAAACUCUAUAUAACAUUUUUACUGCUUUUAUGAUUAGUCAUUUUUAUUUAUUCGAUAUUUCACUGUGCAUGUACCUUGUACUUUAUACCCUGAAUGAUAUUGACGAAUUCGCAGAAUCCUUAUGUUGGUCUCUUGCUGCCUUCGUAACUUGUAUCAAGAUGACCAACUUUCUCUUAAGGGGAAAUGAUAUUAUAAGAUUGAUGAAUAUCUUAAAUGAAGACUGCUUGAAAAUUCGGGAUAGUACUGAGAAGAUGAUGCAGGAGAAAUGUGAUUUUAUAGCUAGGUGAGUAUUUUGGGAUUUGUUUUUGAUUCAUAAUCAUUUUCUCUAUUUAGAUGACUUUUCAAUCAACGCCUAGAGACGGUACUGUUACUUAUUAUUACUGUUUAAAAAACGAUUUAAUUUGGGACUUGAUGAACCUCUUCUACCUGGGUAAGACAAUCCAAUUCGCGAAUUUCUAGAGUCACCUCUCGGGCACUAUAACUAAAGUCUACUAAAGCUU